UCCGGGACAUUCUAGGCCCUUCCCGGUCUCCGCUCCCUUUCAGUCCGCGUCCUGCCCCAGAACGCUGUCGUUUCAUAGGCACGCGCUCUCCCCACUUCCCGCCCCGGCCCCGCCCCCGCGCCAGGUUUGAAGACUCGGUCCCGCCACAGUGGGCGGGUCAUGUGUCCUGCCAGCCGCAGAGGACCCAUGGCUUCCCGCCCACGGCGAGCGUCUCUGGAGAGGCGUCUCGGAGGUGGCAGAACCUGAUCUGGGCCUGGGAGGGACGACUUCAGGACAGUAGUAAUUGACAGAGAUCCUGUCCCCUACAUGGGAUAGGAUUUAGUCUCCCCAUACUUCUGAACCAAUGAAGAGAAAAUGGGAAGCAAAACUGAAGCAAAUUGAAGAACGAGCAUCCCAUUAUGAGAGGGAACCAUUGUCCUUGGUGUACAGACCAAGAUUGUCUAAGCCAGAAGAACCACCAUCCAUUUGGAAACUAUUUCAUCGGCAAACUCAAGCUUUUAAUUUUGUUAAAAGCUGUAAAGAGGACGUUCAUGUAUUUGCUUUGGAAUGCAAGGUGGGCGAUGGACAACGUAUUUACCUCGUAACAACGUAUGCUCAACUUUGGUUUUACUAUAAAUCCCGAAGAACUCUCUUACACUGCUAUGAAGUCAUUCCUGAAAAUGCUGUGUGCAAGCUUUAUUUUGAUUUGGAAUUUAACAGACUUGCCAAUCCAGGAGCUGAUGGGAAAAAGAUGGUUGCAUUACUCAUUGAGCAUGUUUGUAAAGCACUUCAACAGUUUUACAGGGUUAGUUGUUCAGCUGAAGAUGUUCUCAACUUGGAUUCUAGCACCAGUGAAAAAUUCAGCCGCCAUUUAAUAUUUCAGCUCCAUGAUGUGGCAUUUAAAGAUAAUACCCAUGUUGGUAAUUUUGUGAGAAAAAUUUUAGAGCCUGCUUUUCACUUAAUUGCUAGUGAAGAUGAUGAUAUGACUCCAGAGACAACGGGCCAUGAAUUUUCCCAUUUUUCUGAAACACCAAUUAAACAAGGAAUUUCCUUUAGCAAAAAGUCCACAGAUGAGGAUAUAGGAGAGAGCUGGACAACGAAUUCAGAGAAACUGGAGAGGCUGGGGUCAGCUAAGCAAAGCAGUCCUGAUCUUUCAUUUUUAAUUGUGAAGAAUAACAUAGGAGAAAAGCAUCUUUUUGUGGAUCUAGGAGUUUAUACAAGAAAUAGAAACUUUCGACUGUAUAAAUCAUCAAAAAUAGGAAAGUAUGUGCCUUUGGAGGUUGCUGAAGAUAACAAAUUUUACCCUAUACAAUCGAAGAAUAUUUCCAUAGAAAAUCAAUAUUUCCUCUCUGCUUUGGUCAGCAAUGUCAGAUUCUCAGAUACUUUACGAAUUCUGACAUGUGACAUAUCUCAAAAUAAACAAAAACGAGUUGAGUAUUUUAACCAUACCAGUACUUCAGUAGAAACCAUUGAAGGUUUUCAGUGUUCACCUUACCCCGAAAUUGAUCAAUUUGUUCUCUUGUUGGUGAAUAAAAAUGGCAUUAAAGGAGGAAUUCGGCGUUGGAACUACUUUUUCCUGGAAGAAUUAUUGGUUUAUGAUAUUUGUAAAUACCGCUGGUGUGAAAACAUUGGAAGAGCCCACAAGAGUAAUAAUAUCAUGAUUUUGGUUGACCUGAAAAAUGAAGUUUGGUAUCAAAAAUGUCAUGACCCUAUAUGUAAAGCAGAAAACUUCAAAUCUGACUGUUUCCCAUUACCUGCUGAAGUGCGUCUCCUAUUUCUUCUCAAAGAGGAAGAGGAGUUUACAGCAGAUAAAACAAGGAACAGUGAAACCAAGAAUCCUCGUGAACUAUCAUCUAGUGCAUCGUCAAAAGGUACAUUUUCUGAUGCUGACUGGGAUAAUGGCAUUGAUGAUGCGUAUAUUUUGGAGGCUACAGAAGAUGCUGAAUUGGCAGAAGCUGCAGAGAACAGUCUUCUGGGUUAUAAUGGAAUUGAUGAAAUUCCUGAUGAACUAAUUAUAGAAGUAUUACAAGAGUAGCUAAUUAUGGACACUUACAUAAGUAGGCUGUAAUUUGCUUGAAAACAGAUUUAAUAACAAACUGUAGUAACUUAUAAAGCCUGUUGUAUCAGCUAAGUUUUAUUACUUUGCUUCCAAAUCUUAUUUAUUGAAGUAAACCACUUUUAUUGAAAAUUA